AUGCUCGAUAUAACUGGAAUGUUAGCGGAAAGUUUAGAAGCUAUAACAAAUAACAACACUAAUUAUAUUGAGGAAGGAAAAUUGGAAGAUGAUGAUUAUAAUAGAGAAGAAUCGGAUAUGAUGCAGAUAAUGAUGGAGGAUCAUCAUCGUCACCAAUUAUUGCAACUCCCACCAAAUACAUUAUUAAAUGAAACAAUAAUAUUAUUACCAAAAGAAGAAGAAAUCAUCUUACCAAAUGAUAACAACAUUGAUAUUAACAACGACGAUAAUGACGACAACGUUAAAAAACAUAAAAGGCAUUUCAAAAUUAUCAGUAAAUCAGUUUCGCAAGAAUUUAAUAAGAGACCUUCUUCUGAACAAUCACCACUAAGCAACUAUUACUUGUCUUAUCGACCUUCUUAUCCUCCCACCAAAUUAAAAUCUUCUUAUUAUAAAAAUAAUCUUGGUAAUAGAGGGGAAGGAGAAGCAUUAGAUAUUCCAACAAUUUUGGAAAUAUUGAUCGCGUCAGAUGAACUGGUCUUGACAGAUUUCAUUAACGAAAUACAAUCACAUUUUAUCUAUUUGGAUCUUGACAAAUUGAGGCCAUACAUUAUCAAAAUAUUAUUGACAACAUUUUAUAAUCCAUCGUUCAAGAAAUUGUUCAACUACAUUUUAAAAAUAUUAAUAGUUGAUAAAGAAAAUUUGAAAAUGUUGUUGUUGUCAUCGGCAAAUGAAUUGUAUUUGUUGACGGAGGAUAUGGUUAUUAGGUUGUUGGAGGAGUUUGUUAGAAAGGAAUCAGAAAUUGGAAGCGAAGAAAUUUGGGAGUUUAGUUGUGAAUGGAGUAAACAAAAAAUGAUAUCAACGGCAAUAAAAAUUAGUAGCGAUGACGGAUCAUUGUUGUGGGAGAAGGAAGAAUAUAUUAAAUUCUAUAGGACGAUUUAUAACUUGUUACUAUUUGUAAAAUUUUCAAAUAUAUCAAGGAAUUUUUACUUUGAAAACAUUUUACCAUAUUUAAAAUAUUGGAACGAAUUUCAGCUCAUGAUAGAUGAAGAAUACGAUUUUGAUUAUGAAUUCGUUGACAACAAUUUUAGAUAUAGUAAUUAUAAUGUUAACGGUGCUAGAAUUUGCAGCAAUGUUAGUACCAACAAUUCGGAAUAUCAUGAAAAGAAUUUAAAAUUAAAUUUAUUAUUAAAAAAUAAUGAACUUUUCAAUCAUUAUUUAAGCAUCAACAAUAAUCUUGAUAUUAAUGGUGUCGGUAGUAAUAACAGUAGAUUAGGUAAUAUAAUUCUGAAUGAUUCAAAUUUGAUUAAUCAUUUUCACAUGAAAUUAUUAAUAGAAUGCAUUGAAGAAGGUGGUAAUAACAACAAAAAAAAUAAUAAAAAAUCGUUAAAAAACCAUUAUAGAAAAUUCAAAAAAUCUGCAACCUUUUUCAAAAGAUUAUCAUUCCUUGGAAAUCAUAACGACAGCAUCAAUGAUCCAAAUAGCAAGAUCAAAAAUGACAAUAACAACCAAAAGAUGCAUAAAUUUAAUUUAUUGUUUAGAAUGACAAGGGACGGAUUAGAUUCAUAUAAUAGAAACAAAUGUUUAUUUAAUAAUGGUCCAACAUUGGUUAUCACCAAAAUUCGUAAACCAACAUCUACAAUAAAAAAUAAUAAUACUAUUGGUAGUGAUAGUCUUGGUGAUGAUAGUAAUAUCUUAUUAAUAGUUGGUUAUAAUCCAAUUGGUCUUGAUUGCAAUAACCACAAUAAUAAUAAGAAAAAUUUAUCAUCCCAAUUAUUAUCACAAAUAUUUAUACUUUCAUUUGUUAAAUUUGAUAAUAUCGGGCCGACAUUUGGAUAUUUAAGAGUAAACUUGGCCGAGAAAAGUUGCGAAUUAUCUACAAUAUAUUUUUUUGAUGAUGAUUUAGGUUGUUUGUCAAAAAAUGAAAUUUUAGAAUGUGAAAUAUUUCAUAUCAGUGAACCAUAA